AUGAGACGCGGUAGCCUUAGCUACAGGAGAUUCUGUUUGGAGGCCGAGCUGCUGCGACUGCGGUCGCAUGAGGUAGCGAGAAUGCAAACGGUGGGAAAAGAUGAGUGUGUGGCCACGUGGGAGUGGAGGCAUGGUCGCCGACAGCAUUUGGAAGGAGACUCGUAUCUCGUUUCGACGGGAAAUGUCCGCCAGGAUUAUAUUGCCAAAAGUUUUGAUGGCAUGAUGGACAUCGAUAAGCUAGACAGUGGUGAUAUUGACAAGCUGUUGCAGUCGGAAGAUGUCGAUGAUGUUCAGACGACGGUUGUGCACUGUCAAGGCGACAAAAUACCGCUUUUUGAAUUUCACAUCCUAUACCAUACAAUAUUCCAAACACCCGUGCUAUAUUUUCGAGCACAUUCUAUCGAUGGAACGCCGCUUAACCUUGAUGCAUUCACUCAAAGUGUGCAUCUUCCUGGUUUCAUUGAUCUUUCAAGGCUAGUUGCCAUGGAAGGGCACCCUAUCUUAGGCGAGCCAUUCACAUUCUUGCAUCCAUGCGAAACUGCAGCAGUCAUGCAGCUUCUUCAAGCUCAACCGAAAUUUAAAUUUGGCUGCAUUGGGAAGGAUUCACUAGUUCAAAAUGUCCCGCACUAUCUUGCAAGCUGGCUUAGCUUGGUCCAGCCGCUGACAGGCAUCUCUCCGAUGGACUAUUAUUCCAUAUGA